AGUCUCAUUGCGAUCGUCUCUUGUUUCAGAUUUUAAUCGCGUAUCCGGUACUUCAGUUGCGUUGCGAUUAAUAUUUCAGUUUCGUUUUAUAGCGAUCAUUUGUUUGACCUUGCUGUUUACCUCGUAUUUUCUCUGAUGGAUGUGCGAGCUUUCCGUGAAGUUGGAUUACACGAUUUGACAAAAGACGAACUCGACAUCAAGGCAAACAGCAUUGACCAUCUGAGAACCAAAUUGGAAAGUCAUGAUAUUGUAAAACUAAGAAAAUUUGAAAAGCUAUCCACAAUGAUUCCCGAUUCAGAUCGAACUUCUGAACCUAUAUUAAACGAAGGCGGAAUGAUUAUACCCAAAAAACUUCCAAAUCCUGUCAAGGAAAACAUUGAACGACAAAAUCUUCACAGGGAGCUAUUAUUUAAUCAAAAAAUAGGUAAAAAUGUAUUAAACCAAAAAUCCGAACUACAACGAGCUCUAGAAAAACAAAAGGACAAUCUCGCCAGAAAGAAAUUAGACGAUCAUAUAGCGGCGCAAACGCCGGAACUCGAAAAGGUGAUUGCGGACAGAGUGAAACGCCUGCAAAGCUCCCACGAAGAUAAAAAUGAAGAUGACAAAGUUAUAAACAAAGAAUUGCUCCAAAUGCGAAUGAACCUAAAGACUCGAACUGACGCUAACAAGUAGCUCACAAUAACGAUAAUCAUAUUUUAAUGUCUAUUAUGUAUUUGUGUAUGUAUCCUUUACCGAAUUUAUUAAAAAUAAUUAACUUCACGUAAAAUGUAAGCAGUAUGAAUAUGCUUAAUUAUAUUGCGUGGAGAGGAUAUAGAAAAUACAUAUAUUUUUCCAUUCAGAUAAUAAAUAUGUAGGUAGGAAAACGUGGUGUAAACAUUAAAGUUGAAUUGAUGGUAUUUGGAUGGGCGGCCAAUUUUUCCAUUAUCUACAGAAAGAGUUAAUGCUCAAGUAACAUAGUAACACUUUUAACCUAAUUUAAACUGUAUGAAAAGGUGUCUAAUGAUCAAAUUUCCAUACUUAGUUAUUUGUACAAUAUAUAUGAUACCAAAGAAAUAUCUCCUGCGAUUCUACACUAAACGAGUACUAUCAUAAAUUAAAAUAAAUCAGGAAGAAUUUUAUAUUGUGAGUACCUCGGUAUCGGCGAUUUUUACGUGAGUGGUCUGGAAAUUUUAUGGAUUUAUAGUUAAAACGACAAUUUAUGACUUUAAAGAAGUUUUAUUUUUAAACAUGAUCUUCUCUAAUAUUAAAACAUUUUAUUUAGCUCAUUCCAAAACUGAAAGUGUUAAAAGGUACUUAUCUACAGCUGCACUGGCUUCUUGAUUGUAGAUUUCAGUUUUGAGAAUAGACGAGGCCGAGAAGUCCGAGAGAACCAAAUCUUGCCGGGUGUGAUGGAUGUUUCAGCGCUAAAUAGGGCAAUUUCCCUAUAGCCAAGAUACUUUGUCGACGAGCGCGUUGUCCCGAUGGAAAAAGAUGUUUUUCUUUAAGCCUGGUCUGAAUCUGAAAGUCGUAUUUUCCAUUUACCGUUUUACCUUUCUAAAGAUAGUGAAUUGACAAAAUUCCUUUCGCAUCCCAAAUCAUCGAGCAUCAUAUAUUUUGGAGAAGUGUAUUUGGCUGUUACUCCUGAUGACAGUUAAUGUUUCAUACACUAUAACCUGUCGAUGCAAACCCCUUUUACCUUUCGUAAAACACGCCAGGAACUUUUCGAUAAAUGUCAUGCGAAUUUGUUUGUGAUUUAAACUGAGCAUACAUGGUCUUCAUAUUUCGCAAGUUCAAUGCCUAGUGCUAAAUUGGACCAAAACGUUCUUUUGGUCCUUAAAGUAUUAGCAAUUUUUACGUAUUUUAUACGCCGAUCUUCCAAAACCAUAUCAUGCACUUUGUCGAUAAGUCUUUGAACAUUCUUCACUUAAAUCAUAUUGGACACUUAUAUUACACGAGACUGACCGUCUCUUCGUGGUACAAAUUGGAAAUAAGAAUCUAUACAGUAACAAACCGCAAAAAAAAAUUGGUCUAUGUUAAACUUCUUUUAGGAAUAAUUGAAUAUGGCUGCGGUAUAAUUUUUCGAUCCAAGCGCACUCCAACUGCUCUAAAUAACUAAACUGUCAACUGUUGCUUGGAAUCACUUGCAAUUUUAGAUGGCAUCAGGUACCAAAGUAAAGGAAACAUCAGGCGAUUGGUGCUGAAGUCUCUAGGUGAGGACGACAACUUAUCAGGCUAACUUAGUACAGAGUUUGAAGAUGCAGAAAAGCUGAAUAUUCUCGAAUAGAAAGUUCUGACAAAGUAAUGGAUAUUUGGAUCGGGCUUGCCGACGUUAACUUGUAGACCUAUUGGAAGUGGUGAUAAUUAAUUGUUAAAAUUUACACAGAAAACGUAUGUGCCAAUUUCGUAUCUGAUUUGUUCGGGUAUUUCAACAUCUACAAUGUUUGUAGUAAAUAUAGACAAUUUUCGAAUAUAUUUUGUCACUAAAAUUUGCCGUUCGUCUUCAAUACCAUUAAUUUAUUAAUAUUUGAAGUAUUUAUAAUUAGUUUUAAAUUAGUUUGAACUUUUAAAAAAAUAUUGAUAUAAUUUUUUUUAGUGAUUACAAUUCUUCGAAUAUUAUCAACUUGGUGUUCUAACAGCGAUUUACGUAUUAUAAGUUGUUUAUGAGUAUUAAAGUAAUGUUUAGAUAUAAAAAUAAGAAACUCUAUCGUAAUAGGUGGAAUUCUGAAGUACGUGAUUGCCUUAAGUGCUGUAGAGAGUAUUUUUAAUCUUUUGCGUCUUUUGUACCAUGUAAUCAAGGUACAAACUGUUUCGACCAAAUUUUUUUAUUAAGUUUUAUAUAUCUUUAGGUACUAUUUACUUACUCGCUCUGGUACUAACCAUUUUUUAAGUGUAUAACUCAGAGGUUCACCUAUUGCAAAUAGAGCAACCUAUGGAUACCAACAGGGUAGAAAUCUAUAAGAACAAGAUUUUAAUUAUAUUGUAACAUUUAUGAAUCGAAUUUUUGGUUAAUAUAAACGAAUUUUUCGGCCUAU